UUGAGCGCGGGCCAGGGCCCGGCCGAUGGUGCCACCCGCCAGGCUGCGCCGCCACUCCCCACGGGCCUCGCUGGCGCCUGCCGCCGUCGCCGCCGCGGCCAGCGAGAGGCAGAAAGCGACCCCGCCUGCCCCGGCCCUCGGCCCCGGUAUGCAGCCAAUCCCCCGGCCCCCGCCCGGGACCCAGCACUGGCCGCCAGCCGACGACCGCCUUGUUCGGACGCCAUGCCCCGCCGGGCGCGGCCCAAGGGCGUCACUUCCGGCCGACGCCGGAAGUCGGAAGUCCGAGCCGAUCCCGGCCGCCCGGGCCAGCGGGAGCUGCCUGCCGGUCCAGUUUCUGAAUGCAGGGGACCCCGGGGCGCACCCCGAUGCCGAACACGCGGCUUCUGGUGCUCUUCGGCAGCCAGACAGGCACAGCCGAAGAUGUGUCGGAGAGGCUGAGGCGCGAGGCCCGGCGCAGGGAGCUUGGCUGCCGGGUGCAGGCCCUGGACUCCUACCCCGUGGCCAAGGAGAGCCCCCGGACAACAUGAAGAGCUUCUGGAGGUUCAUCUUCCGGAGGAACCUGCCAUCGACCUCCCUCUGUCAGAUGGACUUUGCCGUCCUGGGCCUUGGGGACUCAUCUUACGCCAAGUUCAACUUUGUGGCCAAGAAGCUGCACCGACGGCUGCUGCAGCUUGGGGGCAGCGCCCUCCUGCCCGUGUGCCUGGGCGAUGACCAGCACGAGCUGGGGCCCGACGCCACCAUCGACCCCUGGCUGCACGACCUGUGGGAGAAGGUGCUGGGGCCGCACCCUUUGCCCCUUGACCUCGGCCUGAGCCCGCCCGGAAUCCCCUGGCCCUCCAAGUUCACCCUGAAGUUCCUCCAGGAGGUCCCCAGCACGUGCUCUGAGGAGCUGUGUGUGGCCGGGACAGACCCUCAGGGACCCCCUUCAGAGUUACAGCCCUUCCUGGCACCCAUGGUCACCAAUCAGAGGGUCACCGGCCCCUCACACUUCCAGGAUGUUCGGCUGAUUGAGUUCGACAUCACGGGCUCUGGGGUCAGCUUUGUGGCCGGCGACGUGGUGCUGAUACAGCCCGAGAACACGGCCAGCCACGUCCAGCAGUUCUGUCAGGCACUGGGCCUGGACCCUGACCAGCACUUCACGCUGCAGCCCCGGGAGCCGGGUGUCCCCUGCCCCGCGCGGCUGCCCCAGCCCUGCUCCAUUCAGCGCCUCGUGUCCCAGUACCUGGACAUCGCCAGCGUCCCCCGCCGCUCCUUCUUUGAGCUCUUGGCCUGCCUCUCCUGCCAUGAGCUCGAGCGGGAGAAGCUGCUGGAGUUCAGCUCGGCCCAGGGCCAGGAGGAGCUGUGCGAGUACUGCACCCGGCCCCGCAGGACGGUCCUGGAGGUGCUGUGCGACUUCCCACACACGGCUGGCGCCAUCCCCCCGGACUACCUGUUGGACCUCAUCCCCCUGAUCCGGCCGCGGGCCUUCUCCAUCGCCUCUUCUCUGCUGGCCCACCCCUCGAGGCUGCAGAUUCUCGUGGCAGUGGUGCAGUACCAGACGCGCCUCAAGGAGCCCCGCCGGGGCCUCUGUUCCAACUGGCUGGCGUCUCUGGACCCUGGGCAAGGACCUGUUCGGGUGCCCCUGUGGGUGCGGUCCGGGGGCCUGACGUUCCCAAAGACACCAGACACGCCUGUGAUCAUGGUGGGGCCAGGCACUGGCGUGGCCCCCUUCCGAGCGGCCAUCCAGGAGCGAGUGGCCCAGGGUGAGACCGGAAACGUCUUGUUCUUCGGCUGCCGCCAGCGGGACCAGGACUUCUACUGGGAGGCCGAGUGGAAGGAGCUGCAGACGCGGGGCUGCCUGACUCUCGUCACGGCCUUCUCCCGGGAGCAGGAGCAGAAGGUGUACGUGCAGCACCGGCUCCGGGAGCUCGGGCCGCUGGUGUGGGGGCUGCUGGAUCUCCGGGGCGCUCACUUCUACCUGGCGGGCAACGCCAAGUACAUGCCAGCUGAUGUGUCGGACGCCCUGACGUCCAUCUUCCAGGAGGAGGGCGGGCUCUCCGGCCCCGCCGCGGCCGCCUACCUCGCCAGGCUCCAGCGAACCCUGCGUUUCCAGACCGAGACGUGGGCCUGAGGAGCCGUCCUGCUGUUGGCCACGGCCACUCUGACUUCUGCUCUCUGGAGACCAUUGUUACCUCUCUCCCUGUCCAGUCCCAGCUGGGAGGACAGUCAGCUCUCCUUCCUGCACAGACCCCGAGCAGCGGGAGGAGACCCCCAGGCAGCCCACACCGUACAGCCUGAGUAAUAAAGGAUGGGCUCUGGGCGGCCGCUUCUUA